AUGAUACGCGAUGAAGCAACAUACGAAAGAGUCAAAGUUAAAGGUUUCAUCGGCAAAUGCGUCUUACUCGACACAUUUGUUUUAAUAUUAAGACUUAGGCAAAAAAAAACAUACGAACGGGAAGAAAAAGAUUUUCGGCCAAGAUUUGCGUUGACUCUUCACAAUCACUCCUAUAACUCGACACUAAUUAAAUUAAUUAAAUUCAAGAGCUGGACAAGAUCAACUUUGAAAUAUUUUGAGGAAUCUUAG